AUGAACAAACUUAGACAUCGCGCUUGGCUAUUCCUCGCAGCGAGCAUCACCCUCCAAAUCCUCGUCCACCGCAGCCAGACCUGGCAGUCACACGAUGGGCUUCAGCGGCGCUCUCUAGACGUCAAGACCCUCACACUCCCCUACAAUGACUGGUACUUUUCCGCAUCCCCCACCGCCAAGCCCUUCAUCGCCUUUGCCAUCGUCCUCAUCCUAGGCUUCCUCUUCUCCUUUAUCGGUAUCUGCGCGUCCGACUUUUUCUGCCCAAACCUGGCGACUAUUGCGUCGGUGCUGGGACUUAGCGAGUCGACCGCUGGGGUGACCUUUUUGGCGUUUGGAAAUGGCAGUCCAGAUGUCUUUUCGACAUUUGCUGCGUUGAAUGGGGGGACGUUAGGGCUGGCCGUAGGGGAAUUGCUGGGUGCCGCUACGUUCAUCGUCUCGGUGGUUGUCGGCUCGAUAGCGCUCAUACGCCCCUUUCACGUUCCUCGCUUCGCAUUCCUCCGGGAUACCAUCUUCUUCACAGCCGCCGUCCUCGUGCUGGUGGUGGUAUUGAAGGAUGGCCACCUCAGCAUCGUCGAGUCGGGCGGAAUGGUCAUGCUCUACCUCGCCUACGUCGCGGUCGUCAUCGGCUCAACAUACUGGCAUCAUAAGGAGGAGUCGGAAACAUCCACCAUCCGCCCAUCUCCAGAGUCCUCGGCAUCCGCCUCACCUACCGUCCGCCCCACACUGUCACAGCGGCCCUCGCUGUACCGGCUCAACACCGAGGAGGACGAGUUUGCUCGCCGAGCCAACUUCUCCCUCCUCAGCGCUAUCGAGUUCCGUGAUGUCGUCAAUUCGCUUCGGACACCCGGCGGUCGCUCCCCUGUCUCGGGUCACGAACGGGAAGACUACUUUGGCGCUGUCCUCGGGCAUCGUCGGAGCAUCUCCAGUCCCCACGAGUGGCCGCAGUACUCCCCCGCGGCUGCUCUUGGGGCAUCUGUCAACAUCGCCAGUAGUCUCACUCCCACCGUUGUGGUCAAGGACAAUCGUCGUCGCUCAGCCAGUCUCCUCCCUCAUUCCAGACACCACCCUGCCGACGUUCAGCCCAAACCCAGUCUGCACCUCGAAAUUCCCUCCGUUCCCACAAUCGCCCUUAUCGACCCGUCCGGUCAAUCUGCCUCCCCCACUCAGCCCUCCACGCCCAACGAGUCCCGCUUCAGGAUACGGCAUCAUACCCGCGCCAUCUUUUGGACCCUCUUCCCCUCCCUCCGCGAAUUCCGGCAUAAGAGCAUUAUCGGGAUGGUCAUGGCUCUGGUAUCGGUGCCGGCUAUCCUAGCUCUGACCCUGACGCUACCUGUCGUCGACGAUGCGAGCGGGGACGGAGGUAUUCAAUUGCCCAUCGGGGCAGAGGAGCCUCUCGACGAGGAGAGAGGCAGGGUGACACCAGACAUCGGGGAGGAAUUACAUCAUAUGGUGGAGAAUGGGUUCCACCCGCUUCACUCUCCACAUCCGCAGGGAGGAGAGGCGCCGCAUGAUGAAGGCGGUAUCGGUUGCUUCUCCAAAGAGUUGACGGCGGCUCAAGCGUUCUUUGGACCGGUCAUUUGCGCCGCUCUUAUAUUUAGUGAGUCCGCCCUUGACUUUGCUCAAUCAGACGACUUGGAAAGCUUUCCGUGGAUCAUGCUCGGCGUUGGCGCGGGCGGCAUAGUGGGCGCCGUAGCAGUCAUGAUGAUCGCGACCGACGGAUCCAGCGGGACCUGGCGUAUAGCGCGUUGUUUCGGCGGUUUCAUCUGCAGCAUGGUCUGGAUCGCUGCUAUCGCCAAUGAAGUUGUUGGGGUUCUACUAGCUGUCGGCGAGAUCUUGGGCCUAAGCGAAGCCAUUAUCGGUUUGACAAUCUUCGCCGUAGGAAACAGUCUUGCCGAUCUAGUCGCCAACGUCACGGUCGCUCAAUUCGCCCCUACCAUGGCUUACGCUGCGUGCUUUGGCGGUCCCAUGCUCAAUCUCCUCCUUGGGAUCGGCGGGUCGGGUACCUACGGUAUCCUCAUCUCGCAUCAAACAGUCACCCUCGCGUUUUCGCCUACACUUUGGGUAUCCGCGGCGGGACUGGUCAUCAUGCUCGUGGCGACAAUGAUCUUUGUCCCUCUCAAUGGGUAUCUGAUAGAUCGGCGGUGGGCGUGCUGCCUGAUAGCGGGGUAUGUGGUGUUGAUGUGCGCGAAUAUAGGGGUGGAAAUGAAGACGGGAAGAUCUUAA